CCCGGUGAGAUGGCAAAGACGGUGGCCCGACGGACGCCCGCCAGGUGCUCGACAGAAUGCUCGGAAUGUGGGCGCCGCGCGGACGCGGGGCCGGGCACGCGCCGGAGCUCGACUGGACCAACGCCGCGCCAUGGCAGAGCUGACGAGUAGCAUCUGGCAGUCCGGGACGCAAGGCGCCGGGAACCUAGGAUCUCCUGCCGGGCUGCCGGCUGCCAUGCCAUGCCAGUGCCGCGCCCGCCGAUGCCGAUGCCCACCGUGCGGUCCCUGUUCCCGACGACUCGCCGAUGACGGUCGGGGGCCGCUGGCGCCGGCAUCCCCAUGUGCCCAGUGCGGGCAGAAUCAACGGCCCCUGCUUGGCCUCCGCGGCCGGUGGAGCCGCCUGCGGUGGGUUUCUUGGCUCCGCUCACUUCACUGCUCCCACAUUUGGGGGCGUUUUACGUACGGAUGAACAAUGCGUGCAGCUGGUGGAUUGGAGGACAUGGAUGGAUGGAUGGAUGGAUGGAUGGAUCAUGGAUGGCUUCCCUUGCUUGAUUUGGAGUCAGUGCGAAAAGUUAUCCCUCAGGCUACUUCUGGACACCCAAAUCCACGUCAGUGCUUGUCCUCGUGUCUAUGUGUGCUCUGCCUUAUUACAUUCUUACAGAAAUGCUUUUAUGAUCACAAUUACUAUAAGCAAUCUGUUUUUGUACUGUUCUCCUUUAUUUUGGGUGAGGGGUACUCUGUUUUCGGUGGAAGAAAGUUCAAAUGGAAUUAGGAUUCUGCAGUUGUGAAGAACUGAAAAUAACUCCAA